UCGUUUCUCAUUACAUUGGAACACAUAUAGAAAAAUAAAUCAACGGUCAUGGAUAAUUUAAUGACACUAAAUGUUGGGGGAACUACGUUUUUGACAAGCAUGUCAACUCUAAAAAAGUACCCCGAAACACGUCUCGGGAGAUUGACUACUUCAUCACAGGAAUAUGUUGUUGACAAACAUUUAUAUUUUUUCGACCGCAGUCCGGAUUUGUUUUGUCGUAUCUUAGAUUUUUAUAGAAAUGAUGAGAUUCAUUUGCCAGCCAACUGCUGCAGUCAGUUAAUACAAAAAGAGUUUGACUACUGGGAGAUUCCAUACAGCGAUAUUCCAGAAUGCUGUCGGUCAGCAAUAAUAAAGAAAGAAACCGAUUUAAAGACAAUCCAGAAACUGAAAAUAUCAACAGAAAUUCCUUCAGCUUUCGAUGGAAGUAAUGAAUGUGCAAAUGGAAUACAGCGGAAGAUAUGGUUAUUUGUUGAUGAACCAUUGUCAUCGACACCAGCCAAGCACAUAUGAAAGUCCACAACAACCAUUGGUAGUCUUUCUGUAUUUGGACAAGUAUAUACACAAAUUAGGAUGGAGUUGAACAUUUAGUUUAGAUUGAUUGUUAAGAUUGAUCGAUUGAUUGGUCCUUAAGUUUUGUUUUUUUUUUAAUUUCAUACAUGAUAUUUCAAGCAAUAUUCGGGUUAUUUUUUUCAGUGCUACAAUUUUGCGUACUGUCUGAUCGUGAUCCUGUCUGUUUUUAUUGAACUACUGUUUACCAGUCCAGAUUUUAGAAUUCCCGUGGAAAAUACGAUCAAUGUUACCUUGAUGCAGAAUAUUGGCCUUUUGAGAGAUAUGAAUAACCCAAAGGCUGUAUUUUUUCUAACGACGGAAGUGGAACUUUGGUGGUAUAUAGUUGAUGACUGCCUGCUUGUUUUUUUCACACUUGAAUUUUGUACAAGAUUUGCAGCUUCUCCGUCAAAAAAAAUAUUCCUAAAGAAUUGGUUAAAUAUACUUGAUGUCGUAUUGGAUGUUUCAAUGUGGAUUAGAUUCGUCGUCCGAGAGUUUGGUUUUACAAUUUUGUUAAAAAACAGAACAUUACUUGCAAUAAACCAGUUAUGUUUUGCAUCAAUAUCAUUCCGUAUGUUUCGAAUAACGCGUCUUUCGAAGCAAUUUGAUGGACUUAAUAUACUGCUUACCACUAUAAGAGAGAGCAUCAAAGAAUUGGUUCUGUUGUUUUUAACAAUUUUAAUGUUAGCAGUGUUUUUCGCUAACAUAAUAUUUUUCGCCGAAAUGUCAGAGUCGACAACCUUCCCGUCAUCCUUCGAGGGAGUAUGGUGGUCUGUUAUAACCAUGACGACUGUAGGUUACGGGGACCAUUACCCAAAGUCAGUUCUUGGAAAAUGUGUUGGGGCAUGCUGUGCCGUUUGUGGAGUUAUAAUAAUUGCAAUGCCAAUAGCCAUUAUUGCAACAAAUUUCAAUACGUUCUAUUCAAGUAUGCAGGAUAUCCGGAAUUUCGAAAACCGUGUUAAAAAGAUCAAUCGUGAAAAGCUUUCCAUAAGAAACAAUAGUAUAAAACCUUAGUCAUAACAAAAAGUGACAUGAUUUCAAGUCUUCAGCAGUUUUCGUAGUUAAAUCGCUAAAUAUAUGUGCAAAUUUAUUAAAAUAUUUGCAGUUUA